AUGAAUGUGGACCCGGCCAUUCUCGCUGUCUUUGGGCCGGCCCCGUCGAAUAUUGACCUCACUGCCAGUGAGGUAUCUGUUAACAAUGGCGUGGUAAUUGCAAUGCUCUGUCUCGCUACUGUGUUUGUGAUAUUACGAUUUACUGCUCGAAUUGUUCUCCAAAAUGCCCUUAUGACGGAUGACUGGGCAAUCAUUGCGGCAUUAAGCUUCAUAUGCGCUACCACUGGAAUAAGUGUCGCGGGUAAGAACCGAAUUUUCCUGCAAAAGACAACCGUUUAA